AUGUCUGCGGAUGAUGCGUUUACUCCGUUCCUCCCACGGGACGGUGAUGAGCUGGUAAACCCGCAAGCGUAAGCUUCGAUCCUUUUUCCAAAUAUUUUUUCUACGUUUAGAUAAUUUUUAGAUAAUAAUUUUUAAUUUUACUUCCUUCUGAUGAACAGCUAAGCCUCUUAGCCACAUUAAAUUUAUUUUUAGACCUGAAAACAUCCAACCUCGAGAAGAAAUUCUCACCAAGCUUCAAGAACUAUUGUCCAAAUGCCCCACCACAACACUGCAUCAACUUAAUGAAGUGUCCCGUCAAUGCAACGACAUCCAUCUCGGAACAUGGCUGAGCCGAAUAACCUGCACGUUCGUCGGUCGCCCUCAACAUCUACCACCGGCCCCUACUCCACCAACUCUUUAUACCGCUCCGUCCAAAACCAGUGGCCGCAUCAACACAUGA